AUGUCAGCACCAGAACGACCAGAGGCGUCACGAAUCGCAAUAAAGUUCGGCGGUGUAUCAGCGAUUACAAACAAGAAGCCAAAACGCCCGCCACCACCGUCAUCCAGCCUGGGGAAGCGGCAGCGGCCGAGUCACGGUUUAGGCGGGAACUCGGACUCCGAGUCAGAGGAGGAUGCUCCCAAGCACGGCCGGCACGAGCGCAUCACGGCAUUUGGCGACAACGGGGCCGAGCUCGCCACAAGUACCAGGGGCGAGCGGGACGAUCGACGAGCUGCAAAGCGCGGGCCAUUGACGAUUGAACGACAGCCCAACCGUGACUGGAAAAAAGAGGCCCGGUCGCGCAACCAACGCAGUGGUCGGCCAUCGGAACCGCAAUCAACAAGUGCACCGGGAGAUGGUACUCGGAGCGAUGUUGAUCCAGCAGACCAGGAUAAACCGAUAAAGUGGGGCCUGACCAUUACAAAGACGACAUCACCAACGGAAGGCGAGGCAGCUGGACAGGACAACACAACGGCGAACGGUCGCGCAGACACCCCGACCCGUGACAUAACGAGGGGUACACCUGAAGCUCCUGGGGACAAGGAGGCGCAGACGGAGAAGGCGGCCGUCAAGGCACUGCUGGGCGAAACGAUUGACGACAAAACAAAAACCCGGCGCGUCAUCGAACGGUCCGCAAACGUCACCGAAGAUGACGUUUUCGCCCGUGACUUUGACGACGCACCAGACGUGUCGACGCUGGAGGAGUACGAGGAGAUGCCGGUGGAGGAGUUUGGCGCUGCGCUCCUGCGCGGUAUGGGCUGGGACGGCAAAGACCGCGGCCCCAAGGUCAAGCAGGUUGUCAGACGACCAAACCAGAUGGGCCUGGGUGCGAAGGAGCUCAAAGGUGCAGAAGAUCUCGGCGGCUGGAACCACAAGUCUGGUACCAGCGGCAGCUCGGGAUACCGAAAGGAACGACCCCCGAGGCUGCAUGACUACCGCCGUGAAGAGGACAAGCGUCGAGAGAAGCGGGAGGAGCGUUACCGGGACAGCUACAAGGCUGAGCGGGAUCGCGAACGGGACGAUCACAGAAACCACUACAGCAGCAGUAGCCGCCACCGCAGCCGACAUGAUCGGUGA